UCCUUUUCGGGGGCUCUCCCCUUUCUCUCAAGCUACAGCAAUGGUGGGCGUUGCUAUUGCCCUGAGCUAUAGAACACCACACCAACUACAGCCAUUUUGCGUCACAAAAUCAGUAAAUUCAGCAACCCCGACACCGACGUCAUGCACAAAGCUCGGAGUUUCUCGGGCAUCGCCGCUUUCCUUGUCAAACUACUUCUUUUGUAGCCGUUCAUCGCAAUUACCACGCUUUCAGUUUACAUCAUUUUCUUAUCGGAAUGGCAGCAAGGUGCUGUUUGCAACACCUGAGGUGGGAGUAAGUGCUGAAACAAGUGAAUGGGCAAUGCAAGAUUUCUAUUCUUUGAGGAAAGAAGUGGAGACUACCUUAGAGCGUGUAGAAGAGAUUAGAGCUGCUGCUGGUCUGAAACUGCUAGAAGAAAGUCUUGCAGAUCUGGAGGAAGCCUCAGCUGAUAGUUCUCUAUGGGAUGAUCGUGUCAAAGCUCAGCAGACGCUCCAGGCUUUGACUGAUGUCAAAGAAAAAAUAAAACUUCUCGACGACUUCAAAGCGCAGGUUGAAGAAGCGGAAACAAUAGUAAAGCUUACAGAGGAGAUGGACUCAAUUGACACCGGACUCCUAGAAGAAGCUGCUAGUAUCAUUAAAGAAUUGAGGAAGGAAUUGGACCGAUUUGAAUUGACUCAACUUCUUUCUGGCCCCUACGAUAAAGAAGGUGCUGUUAUCAGCAUUACAGCUGGUGCAGGGGGUACUGAUGCCCAGGAUUGGGCUGACAUGCUUCUCAGGAUGUACAUAAGAUGGGGAGAGAAGCAGCGAUACAAGACAAAAGUAGUCGAGAAGUCCAUGGGAGAAGAAGCUGGGAUCAAAUCUGCUACUAUUGAACUAGAGGGCCGAUACGCCUAUGGAUACUUGUCUGGUGAGAAAGGAACCCACCGUAUCGUUCGACAGUCCCCAUUCAAUGCCAAAGGUCUCCGCCAGACUAGCUUCUCUGGUGUUGAAGUGAUGCCUCUUCUUCCCGAUGAAUCAAUGGAUGUAGAAAUACCAGAAGAAGACUUGGAGAUCAGCUUUUCUAGAGCAGGUGGAAAAGGUGGCCAAAAUGUUAAUAAGGUUGAAACUGCAGUACGAAUAACCCACAUACCCACCGGAGUGACAGUUCGUUGCACAGAAGAGAGAAGUCAGCUGGCUAACAAGAUCAAAGCUAUGAGCAGACUAAAAGCAAAGUUAUUAGUCAUAGCUGAAGAGCAAAGGGCAUCUGAGAUCAAGCAAAUUAAAGGAGAUGCUGUGAAGGCGGAGUGGGGCCAACAAAUACGCAACUAUGUAUUCCACCCGUACAAGUUAGUGAAAGAUGUACGUACAGGACAUGAAACGUCAGAUAUUGCCUCCGUAAUGGAUGGUGAGUUAGAUCCCUUCAUUAAAGCAUACCUUAAGUACAAGUACAGCACGUCGAUGUCAAACAUUGGAGAGCAAUCGUAAUUGAACUGUAAUUUCAGCUUCGUGUUUUCAUAUUCCUAAUGCAUACAAAUACCAUUGUUGUUUUUCCUCCUCUUUUAUUCUCUUCAUCAUGCAUAUAAGUCGUUGGGACUCUUAAGGUAUAUUGGCAAUCUUCUGAAAGCAGAUGUUGCUUAUUA